AUGGGACCUGGAAAAAGAAACAGUGGAAUGUGGCUAAGAGAAGCUGGCAGGUAGGAGAGGCUAUGCGGAGGAGUUUGAUUGUGGUGGUUGUGAUUGAUAAAGUACAGGGGCCACCUGAAAUGUCUGCUGUGGCUUAUAGCACUUUUCUUGAGUAUUCACAUUUCACAUACUUCAGCUGUCAGUGUGACAACCCUCUAUUACUAUCUUCAUAUUGCAGAGGAAGAGGUGGCCUACAGCCACCUAGUGAGUUCUUAGCCAAGGUGGUAAUUUGAAGCGGGGACUUCCCAAAACAGGCUUUGAGCAGCUGCAUUACACCGUAACGCUUCAAGCUGCAGUUGGGAAGCACGUUGCUUAGAGAUAUUUACUGCAAAAUCUAUAUGGUUGUUCCCCCCUCCCCCCCCCCAAUUGAAACUUGCCGUGUCUAUUUCUCCAUGGAACCCAUGCAGCCCUUUGAAAGAAACACACCGGCUUGGAAAUUUGCCCGCAAGAGGGUGGUGCUGCCAACUGAUUGUAACAUUGGAAGCUGCCUGCCUUAUAUGGAGUCAGAUCAUUGGCCUGUCCAGUUCAAGACUGUCUGCACGAG